AUCUCUCUUUCGAUUCUGUGAAACCCUAAAUGCGUUUUUGUUAUUGCUGCAUCGUAUCAGCUUCAAAUCAACUUUGGUUUAAGUAAAGGUUCCACCUUUUUUCUUAUCUUAUCUCGAAACAACUCCAAUUUCAGAAAACUUCUCAUUUCAUAAAGGCCACUAUCUCGUAAAUUUCAGUUAAAGUUCUUUACUGCCCAGAUUGUGUUGCUGGAGGUGAAAGUAAUGGUUCUCUGUAACUUCAAUCCAACGCAAGGAGCAUUCCCAUUGCAAGGAUUAUCAAAAUCUCAAGAGUUUGGAUUCUUUUCAUUAAGUGUAUUUUCAAGUUGUGGAAGUUGCUCCACGUUGAAGGCUAAAAGAUUUGGUUUUUGCAUCAGGGCAAAGUUCUUAGAGAAGCAAGCUGGGAAAUUGGACAAAGGUUAUGGAGCUAUUGUGGAGAGGAAGGAAGUAAAGAAAGUAGUGGGGAAGAAAGAGCAUCAUUUGUGGAAGAAGAAUGACUCUGCGGGGUCUGGACAGAAGGCACUUAAUCUUGUCCGAAUGCUCUCUGGACUUUCAAAUGAAAAAGAGGCUGUUUAUGGAGCUUUGGACAAAUGGGUAGCUUGGGAGGUUGAAUUUCCCAUUAUUGCUGCAGCUAAGGCUUUGCAAAUCUUAAGGAAGAGAAGCCAAUGGCAUCGUGUGAUUCAAGUGGCUAAGUGGAUGUUAAGCAAAGGGCAAGGUGCUACAAUGGGAACAUAUGAUACCCUCUUAUUGGCAUUUGAUAUGGAUGAAAGAGCUGAUGAGGCAGAAUCUUUAUGGAACAUGAUUCUGAACACGCAUACACGAUCCAUCCCAAGACGCUUGUUCGCUAGGAUGAUUGCUUUGUAUUCUCACCAUGACCUUCACGAUAAGGUUAUCGAGGUAUUUGCAGAUAUGGAGGAGCUGAAGGUAAGGCCAGACGAAGAUACAGCGAGGAGAGUGGCACGAGCCUUUUGGGAACUCGGCCAAGAAGAAAAUCGGAAACUGAUCCUUAGGAGGUACCUCUCUGAAUUCAAAUACAUCUACUUCAAUGGUGAAAGGGUUAGAGUAAAAAGAUAUUCAUCGGAAGAAGGUUAAUUUCAUUCACGUGAACACACACGCACACACAUGUAUAUGUAGAAUUACUCCCAAGUUUUUCACUCUUGAUUGUGAUAUCUAAAGUGUGAAUUCAUCAAGAAGAUAUGGUACUAAAAAGAAUCUUCAUUAAAUAAAUUUUAUCUUAUUGUCUUGAUAAAACAAACGAAAUGUCAGUGUCCAAUGACACUCAUGCUUUAUAGUGUUCAUAAUUCCUUGCAUGUGGUUGGUGUCUUGGUGAUGUAGAUAUGAUCAUUUUUUCUGUUUCUUUAUUUUUUGUAAUGUUUCUAAAUUUUGAUAACGAAUCCAGCAUGGCUGCUUUAACUUAUUUGCUCUGUCAGA